AUGGCCACUUCCAAGGUUCUACAGCCUUUGAAUGCUCACAAUGAGGCAUACGAGCCGCCCAUGAUCAGCCUGACUGCUGUCCCUGAAUCGGAUGAGCCGCCAGUCGUCAAAGAAAGGCAAUGGCAAUGGGCGCGGCCACAGGUGGAAGGCGAAGGUCCGUGUGCCCGAGGUGGCCACACUGCAACGCUUGUUGGACCGACUGACGCGCAAAAGCCUUCGGCCCGGAUCGUAAUAUUUGGCGGCCACUAUGAUGGGGGUGCGGGAGCUGGAUUUAUCUACCUAAACGACACUCACAUCCUUGACAUCGACGAGAACACCUGGACAGUUCCGCGAUGUCGGGGUACUGCGCCCCUUCCGCGCUACAGUCACUCGGCGGCCUUGGUCGGAAGCCGCGUGGUCUACUUCGGUGGCAAGGGCAAGGACUCGUGCUUCCGCGACCUGCAUGCGCUAGAUACCAGCAACUACACUUGGUUUCAGGGCCCAAGCUCGGGUGGUGCGCCUUCCGCGCGGCACGGCCACACGGCCAACCUCCACGGGACGCGAUUGUUCGUCUUCGGUGGCACCUGUAGCGGAAAGUAUUUCGGCGACCUGCACUGCUUGGACCUGGCAAGCAUGGCGUGGAGCUGCCCCGCGACGCAGGGUCCCAAGCCUACGCCUCGCUGUGGGCACGCUGCACUGCUAGCCGGAGAGUCCUUGUUGAUACAUGGCGGAUUCUGCAUGGACACCCCGGAUAUUGCCACCAAGGACAACAGUGGCGAUCUUCUGAAGAAUGCGUACUGCAAUGACGUCCGCGUCCUGGAUCUGAACCGGAUGCUUUGGUCUCGGCUGCGUACACAUGGUUCGCCUCCGACCGGGCGAUUUAGCCACACGGCAACCCUCAGCGAGGACGAUGCCGUCAUUUUCGGAGGUUGGGGUGGCAACUCUGCGCCGGCGCCUGGCGUGGCUUUUGCCUUGCGUGGCAAGGUUGCGGAGGACGAGACCAAGCAGCCCACGGCCUCCGAGGAGCAGACGUGCGACUACUGUUGGACGCUGCGGACGUCUGACAUGCAGUGGGUCGCCAACCGCUAUGUGGGUGCCCCGCCGACCAAAAGAUACGGGCAUACGACCACAGCGAUAGGUCCCCACCUCAUCAUCUUCGGCGGAUGGGAUGGUGGCAAGCCGCUGAACGACGUCGUGGUGCUUAGAGAUCGAUCCGUGGCAGAGCGAGCUGGCGAGGAGGAGUUCUUCGUGGAAGGAGAGUCUCCUGCACCAGGGGCCGCCUCGGAGUAUGUAGAAGACGACUUCGAGCUGGAGACAGCGGAGCACGGGGGAG